AUGUUUUCCGAGAAUCAAUACGUUUUUGAGAAAAUAAAUAUUUUCUUGAUAGAAACAAAAAUACCCCAUGAAAAGAUCAAAUUUCUUAAAAAUACUAUUUCUCUAAAAGGUGGUCGUAUCGUAGCGAACCCAAGCACGGCAGAUGUAAUUUUGACUACAUUGAAAUCACCGGCUAGAAUUAGUCGAUACAUUGGCAGUGAAACGCGUAAACCAGUAGUGUCUGUUGAAUGGGUCGACAAAUGUGUUAGUAAAGGCACUCGUCUAGAAUUUAAAGAUUAUCUUGUAAUGGGUAUAGAAGAUGCAAUGGAUUGGACUACUGUAAAAGAGAAAGAGGAAGAGGAAAAGGAACUGUCUGAUGAAGACGGUAAUAGUUUAAGUAGUCGAUCGCCCAUUUACACAAGUGAGAACGAGUCUUCAGAUGAUGAUAGAGAUGUCGAUUUGGAUCCUCGAUUCUUGAACACUUCGUACGAAUGUCUGCGACCAACUCCGUUGAAGUCUAAAUUUAAUGUCAAGCUUGUUGAAUUGUUGGAAGUAAUAGAAAGAGCAAGGGAAUUGAACGAUCAGUGGAGGAACGCGUUAAGUUAUCGACGUGCAAUUGCCGUGCUAAAAUCAUAUCCUCGUGAUAUUAUUAGCCAAAAGGAAAUAAAAAAAAUAAGAGGUAUUGGGUCUAAAAUUGGCUAUCAGGUAAAGUCAUAUCUCAGAACUGGAACGAUUGCUGAGGCGGAGCACAUUCGUCAAGACAAGAGAUUGCAUACGCUGGAAUUAUUCGCCAGUAUUUAUGGUGUUGGCCCCAAGACGGCUUUAUCGUGGUAUCGUAAAGGAUAUCGCACAAUAGAGGAUUGCAAGAACCAUCCAAAUUUAACCAAGGCUCAACAGCUUGGACUGCAACUGGUUGACGAUCUUCGGGAAAAAAUGAGUCGAGAAGAUGUCGAGGAGAUUUAUACAAUUAUCAAAGAAAACAUAAAAGAAUUAGACCCGAAAUGUAUCAUACAGCCUGUUGGUGGGUACAGACGUGGCAAAGAUUUGAAUGGAGAUUUAGACCUUUUAAUCUCACAUCCCGAUGAGGAACGUGUUUCAUCUUUGUUGAACGACAUAAUCACGAGACUAACGGAAGGCGGAUAUAUUAAGCAUCUGCUAUACUGUGCACGAAGCGAAUCGAGAACCGAUAGUAAACACGGUAUUAUAGAUCAUCUGGAAAAGUGUUUUGUUACAUUCUUACAACCAAGCACUCAAAUUAAGCGACAAGUCGACAUGAUCGUUGCAACGCAAAGUCAAUUUGCAUCUGCAAUGGUCGGUUGGACUGGAUCACGACAAUACGAAAGGAGUCUCAGAAGAUACGCGAAAAGGGAGAAAAAAAUGGUUUUCACCUCCCAUGGACUGUUCACAAAUACCAAACCACGCAAGCUAAUUUCGACAUCGACCGAGAGAGAGAUAUUUGAUAUUCUUGGUGUGCCUUGGCUAGAGCCAGAGAUGCGGAAUUGCUGA